CCUGAUUGGCCGAGUCAGGCCCUCCCAAUGCUCUUUAAAGCUGCCACUCACCUCACCUCCUAAAACGAAGCUCAUCCCUGUUCUGUGAGCACAUCAAGUGUCCUGCGUCCCACCGGCUCUCAUUCUCUUUUCCCGGAGACGAAUCGUUCCUCACGGCUGUAGACAUGGACCGCAUGGAGCUGAAGAACGUGAACACUGAGGCGGACGACGAGAGCAGUGUGGAUGAUCGAGACACAGAGCCCAUCGAUUCAGAGAAAGCCACUAUCAACAGCCAGUUUCUGGAUGAAGAGGACGCAGAGAGUCAGAAGUUUCUCACCAACGGGAUGAUGAAGAAGAAGAAAUAUGAGGAAUAUCAUGAAGAAUAUCACCCGGGUCACGCGUCGUUUGGGAUGUCCGUCUUUAACCUCAGUAACGCCAUCAUGGGCAGUGGGAUUCUGGGACUGUCCUUCGCCAUGGCCAACACCGGCAUCGUACUGUUCAUAAUCCUCCUGCUGGGAAUCGCUAUCCUGUCGCUGUACUCCGUUCACCUGUUACUCGUGACGGCCAAAGAAGGAGGAUCGCUGAUCUACGAGAAGCUCGGAGAAAGAGCGUUUGGAUGGCCGGGAAAAAUGGCAGCAUUUGGAUCUAUAACUCUGCAGAACAUAGGAGCCAUGUCCAGCUACCUGUUCAUAGUCAAAUACGAGCUGCCAGAGGUGAUCCGUGCGUUCCUCGGGCUGGAGGAGAGCUCUGGCGAAUGGUACCUGAACGGGAAUUACGUGGUGCUGUUUGUGUCCAUCGGCAUCAUUCUCCCGCUGUCCAUGCUGAAAAACCUCGGGUAUCUCGGCUACACCAGCGGCUUCUCUCUCUCCUGCAUGGUGUUCUUCCUGGGCGUGCUGAUCUAUAAGAAGACGAUCCUCCCUUGUCCUCUUCCGUUCUUCUACCAGCACGGGUCGAACAUGAGUGUGAACGGGUCGGACGCGCUGGGUCUAUACACACUUCAGAACGCCUCGGCGCUGGCGUAUAUCUCUGAGGCGUCAGUGAACGGACCUCAUCUGGAUCCUCACGCCACGACCUAUGACCCCGUGCACAGCCCGGUCGAGUUCACACACCACCCCGACGACCACGAGGACAUGUGCACACCCAAAUACUUUGUGUUCAACUCACAGACCGCUUACACCCUUCCCAUCCUCGCCUUCGCAUUCGUGUGUCAUCCCGAAGUUCUGCCCAUCUACAGUGAACUCAAAGAUCGCUCUCGGAAGAAGAUGCAGACGGUGUCAAACCUCUCCAUCUUAGCUAUGCUGGUGAUGUACCUGUUCUCCGCCCUCUUCGGAUACCUCACAUUUUAUGAUCAUGUCGAGGCAGAGCUGCUUCACACCUUCACGAAGGUCUACAAGUUUGAUACGAUGCUCCUGAUGGUGCGCCUGGCUGUGCUGACGGCAGUGACGCUCACCGUUCCCAUCGUGCUGUUCCCUAUUCGUUCGUCGGUCACCACGCUGUGUUUCGCAGGGAAAGAGUUCAGCUGGAUCCGACACUUCCUCAUCGCUGCCGCUAUACUGGCCUUCAACAACCUCCUGGUGAUCUUCGUGCCCACCAUCAGAGACAUCUUCGGCUUCAUCGGCUCGUCUGCGGCCACCAUGCUCAUCUUCAUCCUCCCCGCUGCGUUUUACCUGCGGCUGGUCAAGAGCAUACCGCUCAGAUCUCCUCAGAAAAUAUCUGCAGCCAUUUUCCUGGUGUUUGGCGUGUUCUUCAUGAUCGGCAGCUUGUCUCUCAUCACCCUGGACUGGAUCCACAACCCGCCCGGCUCUAAAGGUGCUCACUAACCCUGAAGCCCUCGCCAUCCCGGAGAUCGUCUCAGAACACACACCUCUCUCUCCCUCUCGCAGCCCUCGCUUGUUGUUUUAAGUUCUCCUGUGUGUUUUCUCAGCACUCGGAUCUCUGCGUUCUCAGAUUGAUGUGAAUUCAUGGAGGAGAUGAUCCAUCGCUCAUUAUGAAUGUGAAAGAUGGAGAGAGAGAUUGGUUCAUCAAAUAAGCACUUCUGGAUUUUUAUCAAGACAUGCCAACAAAGUUAAUAAUCACGUUUGCCUUCAUUAGCUGACUUUAUUGUUCACUGAUAGUUAGUUUGUUGAAUUGUUCACUCAAAAAUGAAA